AGCUGCAGUCCAGACAUGUGUCUCUGUCACUCAAGGUUUUCUCAACAACACAGCAGAGUCUGUCUCAAACACUGGGUUUAGAUAUGUUUACUGCCAGCUGUCUGCUGACUGAAGAUCAGUUUCUGUGCUCCAUCUGUCUGGAUGUGUUCACUGAUCCAGUCACCAUACCAUGUGGACACAACUUCUGUAAAACCUGCAUCACUGAACACUGGAAUAUCAAUGUCCAGUGUCAGUGUCCCAACUGUAACAAGGUUUUCAACACAAGACCUGAGCUGAAGGUCAAUACUUUCAUAUCUGAGAUGGCUGCUCAGUUCAGACAGUCAGCUCAACAGAAAGCCAGCAGCAGCAGCAAACUGAAGGCCCUGAAGUCCUGGCUGGUCUCCUACUGUGAGACUCACCUGACAAUGUCAGGCCUGAAGAGAUAUCACCUGGAAGACAGGAUGUGUACGAAGCACGAUAAACUGAUGGAGCUGUUCUGUAAGACCGACCAGAUGUGUGUCUGCAUGCUCUGCACUGUUUUAGACCACAAGACACAUGAUGUUGUUCCUCUGAAAGAAGAAUAUGAAGAAAAGAAGGCUGAGCUGAGGAAGACAGAGGCUGAAAUUCAGCAGAUGAUCCAGAAGAGACAACUGAAGAUUCAGGAGAUCAAACGCUCAGUGGAGCUCAGUAAGGAAGGUGCAGACAGAGAGAUAGCAGAUGGUGUUCAGGUCUUCACCGCUCUGAAGGAGUCUGUUGAGAGAAGCCAUGCCGAGCUCAUCCACACGAUCAAAGAGAAGCAGAGAAAGACAGAGAAACAGGCUGAAGACUUCAUCAAAGAGCUGGAACAGGAAAUCUCUGAGCUGAAGAAGAGAAGCUCUGAGGUGGAGCAGCUCUCACAGUCUGAAGACCACCUCCACCUCCUCCAAAGCUUCCUUUCCCUUAACGUUGCUUCAUCCACCAAGGACUGGACAGAAGUCAGUGUCAGUCAACCUUCAUAUGAGGGGACUGUGAGGAGAGCUGUGAAUCAGCUGGAGGAGACGCUCAGUAAACAGAUAAAGAAGCUGCUUGAGGCCGGGCUGAAGAGGGUCCAGCAGUAUGCAGUGAAUGUAUCACUCAAUCCUCGUACAGCACAUCAUGCUCUCAUCCUGUCUGAUGAUGAGAAACAAGUGUAUGAUAGUGAUGUAGAGAAGAAUCUCCCAGACAAUCCAGAGAGAUUUGAUCGUUGUCCCUGUGUCUUAGCAAAGCAGAGUUUCUCUUCAGGAAGAUUUUAUUACGAGGUUCAGGUUAAAGGGAAGACUGACUGGGAUUUAGGAGUGGUCAGAGAGUCGAUCAACAGGAAGGGAAAAAUCAAACUGAAACCUCAGAAUGGUUACUGGAUGAUAUGGUUGAGGAAUGAAAAUGAGUACGAAGCUCUUGCUGACCCUUCAGUCUGUCUCUCUCUGAAGUCUCAGCCUGAGAAGGUGGGGGUGUUUGUGGAUUAUGAGGAGGGUCUGGUCUCUUUUUAUGACGUUGAUGCUGCAGCUCUUAUCUACUCCUUUACUGGCUGCUCCUUCACUGAGAAACUCUACCCAUACUUUAGUCCCAGUAAUAAUAAUAAAGGUAAAAACUCUGCCCCUCUGAUCAUCUCUCCUGUCAAUCACACUGAGUAGAACAACCAUUUGAUUUUUACCAAAUUCACUUCUUCCUUGGAGUUUUUGAGCUUUCUCAUCUUGCAUUGCAUUAAUGGGACAUGAAUGUUUGCAGGAAAAGAAGGAGAGGAAGAGAGGAGCUAAGUCAUCAUUUUUUAGGCAGACUUUAUUUGUCAUUUGGAUUUGCAUCAAAAUGAAAUUACGAUGCAGUGGCACAUAGCACAACAGGAAUAAAGGGGAGGCAGUAUGCACAGUCUAAGAAUAGAUAUGCAAAUAUAAAAGAGAGAGAAAAAAAACUUUUAUAUUAAAAAAAACCUGUAGAUAAAAUAUAUUGCAGUGUAGUUGCCUAUAUCAUGCCUAUCAUGGGAACCCCCCGGCAGUCUAAACUUAUAGCAGCAUAACUAAGGGAUGGUUCAGGACUCACUCACUUAGGACUGUGGUACAUACCCUGAAACUAAAGAAAGAUUGAUCAUAUACAGUAAAGAGCUGCCAACUAUGGGUAAGAUUUCUUUAAGCAGCCUGGUUGGGAUGGGGUCUAAGAGACAGGUUGAUGGCUUUGAUGAAGGAAUUGUUGAAGUUAACUGAUGCAAAUUGAUAGCAGUUGUCCUGUGUUUGAAGAGCCAUCGGUACAUAUUUAGGGCAGGCGGUGAUUCAUUUUGUCUCAAUAAUUCAAAAGUUAUUAAAUAAUGGUCAUAUAGGAAAGGAUUAUGUGGGAAGACUAUUAAAUGUUCCACAUGAAUAUUAAAAUCACCUACAAUAAUUACUUUACCUGAUUUUGCUCUGCUUCCUGGUCCCAACUCUGGACUGUCAGGUUUUAGAAAUAAACUUUGAUUCCUAGAUAAGAGAGCCGCUCCAUCCAAAGAGGGAUGGAUGCCAUCUCUCCUAAUCAGACCAGGUUUUUCCCAAAAAGGCCGCCAGUUAUCAAUGAAGCCCACAUCAUUUUCUGGACACCACCUCGACAGCCAGCGGUAGACUGAUGAUAUGCGGCUAUACAUGUCAUCACGACAUUGACUUUACAUAUUUACAUAUUUACAUUCCCAUUCAACAUUAACUUUGGUAAACUCCGGCAUAAUCGGGCGUAACUACCGCUGACGUGAAUAACUAUUUUGCUCUAUUUACGUUUAUCCUUAGCCAGUAGUUUUAAAUACGAUUCAGCGCCGCCCGCUCUGGCCCCAGGGAUGUAUUUAACUACGGUCGCUGGCUUCGCUACCUUCACAAAUCUGAUUAUUGAGCUGCCAAUAACCAGAGUUGGUUUCAUUUAAAUGCAUAUUAACUGCAUUACCUGCCUGUUAAACUGUUACAUCAUCAGAAACAAUCUACGCAGCAAUAAGAAUUUUCAUGUUCUUUAGAUGUCUGGCUGCCAAAUUCAAACCUUUUAUUGUUUGAUCAUUGUAUAUCUAGUGUUGCAUACUAGCAUUAAUUACUGUAGAGUCUUCCAUAAAUGAGACAAAACUCAUUUGCUUUUCUGUCUUUUUCUUCGGAAAUAAAUAAAAUCUAAAUAAA